AUGCCGUCCAAACGUACCCGAAUCGCAGAAACCGUAUCCGAAGAGCCGUUGCCAAAACGAGCUCUCAGAUCACAAGGCAGGCCACCUUUGGACUCAAAAAAGGAAAAGAAGGUAAACACCACAGCAACGAAAAAUGCGCCCAAAAAGGGGCCGCAGCCGGAAACGAAAGGAAAUACUUCCCAACGCGAAACAGAAGAGGACUUUGAUGGGGGCCCUUCCUAUUGGCUUAUGAAAGCGGAGCCGGAGACCAGAAUGGAAAAGGGCAAAGACAUGAAGUUCUCGAUCGACGACUUGAAAGCUUGCAAAGGACCUGCAGGCUGGGAUGGGGUGAGGAACUACAGCGCGAGGAACAACCUGAAGGCAAUGGAACAGGGGGAUUUGGCGUUCUUCUACCACAGGUUGGUCCCAUCUCCACUCCACUGCCACUCCCCUCCUUCCAAUCCCACUCCGCCAUUGGAUGAAAGCGUGAAAAGGCCAUUUAAAUCUGAUGCGUCGUGA